AUGUCUAUACAUUAUUAUUAGUGAUUUAUUAUAUUGAAUAUAAUAGACAUUUUACAAAAAACAAACAUAUUGAAUAUAAUUUAUUUAUUAUAUUUAUCAUUUAAUGGGAGUUUGCUCUGGGAAACAGCAACCAAUUAGACAAAACAAACAACAUUUAAGCGAAAUAAAAAGAUUUGCUAAACAAAACAUAAGAUAGUUUUACCGAUUUGGAAAGGUUUUAGGAUCAGGAAGUUUCGGUACUGUAAAAGUGGGUUUCAGUGUCAGAGAUUCAAAAGCCUUUGCAAUAAAGACUAUUCAUAAAGUAAACACGAUGGUCCAAGUAGUAUCGAAUGCGAGAAUAAUUCUACCUUGUACUUAGAGAGUUAGACAUCCUUACACAAUUGGAUCAUCCAAAUAUCAUUAAAGUAUUUGAGGAAUAUGAAGAUGACAUGUAUUAUCAUUUUGUGAUGGAAUAUUGUAGUGGAGGAGAAUUGUUAGAAAGGAUAGUGGAGUAAGGUAUAUUAAACAACAUUAUAAUUAAUUUUAGGUUAUAUUGGAGAAUCUGAAUCCAAAGUUAUUAUGUAACAAUUGUUUUCAGCAAUUAAUUAUCUUCAUUCUAUGGGAAUAGCUCAUAGAGAUCUAAAACCAGAAAAUAUUCUGUUUGCCUCAAAGGAAAAAGAUGCUCCAAUAAAGGUAAUAGAUUUUGGUUUGAGCAAGAAAUUUAGAAAUAUUAAUUAAAAGCUUUAGAGAAUGAAUAGUAAGGUAGGGACUCCAAUAUAUGUAGCACCUGAAAUCAUAUCCGGAGAGUAAAGAUUAAUUUAAUUAUAGUUAUUCUUUUUAAUGUGAUGAAUGGUCUUUAGGUUGUAUCAUGCAUGUAUUGCUUUGUGGAAAUCCACCAUUCUAGGCUAAGAAAUUAGAUAAGUUAGAAGUUUAAAUCAAAUAUUCUGAUGUUGAUUUCUCUUUUUCUGUAUUUGAUCAUGUAUCUUCUGAUGCUAAGGAUUUGAUUAAAAACUUAUUAAUAAAAUAACCUAAAAAGAGAAUUACCUGUGAAAAAGCAUUAGAACAUUAAUGGUUUAAAAAUAUGAAAUAAAGUUCACAUUAAUCAAAAUUAACCAAUAAUGAUCAUUAAAAAAUAAUCAGAUUAUUACAUACUUAUGCCAAUUCAUCUAAAUUAAAAAAAGAAACACUUAAAAUAUUAAUAAAUUAACUUACAUAAAGUCAAAUAUCUUAAUUAAAAGAAGUCUUUAUUUCUUAUGAUAAGGAUUGCAAUGGUACAAUCUCUAUUUAAGAAUUAUUAUAAAUUAUGGCAAAUCUAGGAUUUAAGAAAAGUGAAGAGGAAAUUGUUUAAAUGAUUAAAAAAUUUAAUAAUAUUAAUCCUUCUAAUGAUGAUAUUACCUAAGAUACAUAAAUUACUUAUACUUCAUUUUUGAGUGCUUUAGUGAAUUGUAAAAGUUUUUUAAACAAAGAAAGAUUAUGGAAUCUAUUCAAAUAUUUUGAUAGUGAUAAUAAAAAUUUUAUUACAAUAGAGGAUGUGAGGAAAGCCUUUGAGAGAGAAGGAAGACAAUUAUCUUAAUCGAAAUUGAUUUCUUUAUUUUAAGAAAUAAUGUAAAAUGAGGAACAAAAAACAAUUGAUUUUGAGUAGUUUUGUUAAAUGAUGUAAGAUAAUUUAUAUAACAGUAAUCAUGAUAAAAACAAUCUGGAAUAAGAAUUAGAUUGCUUUGAAAAUUGA